AUGUCUGGGAACAAAACUGACAAAAAGCCCCUGAAGCAGCCCAAGAAACAGGCCAAAGAAAUAGAUGAGGAAGAUAAGGCAUUCAGUCAGAAACAGAAAGAGUUGCAGAAGAAACUCUGGAAACCAGAAGUGAAAACUCAGGGGAAAGGCCCCCUAACCACAGGGAGAACUAAGAAAUCUGGCAAAAAACUGUUCCUUAUGCCUAAGGCAAUAGUGAUCCGUAAUUCCAUUCUUGUUUAA